UCUAUUAGUCAUGAAUUGUAUCUGGUGGACUUUGCUCAGUGGUAAUUGUGUGUGAUACCUGAAGCAGAGUUCAAAAGUCUCCAUUGUUGUUAGUUCACGAGUUUCUAAGAAGCUGCGUUUCUCGACUGAAGGGCUGGAAAAGAAAGAAAAGGUUUGGAUUGUUUUUUGGGAGAGGUGGAGGGAGGGGGAAGAUUACCAGUUUCUGAAUGUUCUUUCUGAAACAUAACUAAGACUCAAAAACUGAAUGUUUAAGGCAGAACAUUGGUAAUGCUUUGGGUAUUUGUUUAGCAUAGAUUUUUUUUUAAUGUCAAAAUACUUCCGCUUACCAUUUAACUCUUGUUAUGCUGAACUUACCAUAAUUUUGAAUUUUACAUAUAGAUUAACUAUGGAUAACUUUCACUUGAGUGUCAUAGCUGUGAUCCUUUACUUCAGUCUUCUUGGAUCAGUGGGAACCAAGUCACAGCAGAUCCUUCUUGAUACACAUCACUAUUCAGACUGCCGGUGGGAUGGGGAGUUCUUACUGAACUGUUCUUUUACUGGAAUAUCUACUAUUCCAGAAGAUGUAUUACAAACAGCAAUAACAGCUGAUUUUAGUUACAAUAAUAUUCAAACUUUUCUGUGCACUGAUGGAAGAAAUGAGGAACGGAUCCUAAAACACCUGAAUCUCAGUAACAACCUGAUUUCUGAACUCUCCUUAAGCACUUGUAGAAAUUUACCCGUUUUGGAAACUCUAAACCUCAAUGGUAAUGCCAUCCACACCCUCACACUGGACAUACCUAUGCCUGCACAUGGGUCUAAAAAGUAUAGAAAAGUUGAUCAUCUCCUGCCUGCUUUGGAAGUUUUGUCAGUUGAAAGAAAUAAUCUUAAUACAGUUCCAAGAGGACUAGGCCUGCUGCAGUCUUUACAAACUGUCCAUAUGUCAUCCAAUGGCAUACAACAGAUUGAUGUGAAUGAUUUUCAAAACUGUUCACAGCUGAAGGACAUCAACUUGCAAAACAACAAGAUAACUAAAAUUCAUCCAGACGCCUUCAGAGAUCUCAACAAAUUACAGAUUGUGGAUCUCCGUGAAAAUGCUCUGACAAUGCCUCUACCACAGAUACUAAUCAGUCUGAACUUCUUUCAACUUGAAGUGGAUUUGUCAAAUAAUGCCUGGAUAUUUAACUGCAGACUAAAUGCUUUCAAACAUGUAUUUAAUUUUCUUUUUGACUCUAUGAGGAAAAAAUUGAGUAUUUCAUACAAUAAAUCUGCCACCAACCCACAGAAACCUCUGCUGUAUCUUUCAAGCUUCCAUUUAAACUGCAGAGACAGUGUUUUGCUCAAGACGGCUGUAAUCCCAACAGGGAAGACAUUACUGCUAAACUGUGAUUUAGACAACACAAGAGGUAACGGAGUCUCUUGGUGGACACCUAAAGGCAGAAUUUCAAAAGAUAAUAGUCUUCCUCAUAUGACACUGGGUAAAAUGAAUAAUUUAGUAAUAUACAAUGCUGAGGAAACUGCUGAAGGGUUAUAUUCGUGUAUUUUUAAUACAAGAAAGAAGAAAUAUCUCAUUUACAAUGUACAGGUGAAAAAAAGGGUUUCAACAUUUUUGGUUAGAAAAACUCGAGACACUAACACUGUUUUUAGACAAGGAAGAACACAGCAAGACCUUGCAUUGGCUGUCUGCCUCUCAGUGCUCAUUACGUUUGUUUGUGCUUUUUGUCUGGGUGUUUUUGCUAGACCCUACCUUGUGAGCCUGUGGAGACUCAUGCACAGGAACAAAAAUUCAGGUUCAGAACAUACAUAUUCUAAUCAAGCUUUUUCAGAUGAAACCUUGAGCAGAGAGUGCUCUGCAAGGAAAUCUACAAAUACACAGUGUAAUCUGUUCAUUUGUGAUGAGAAUUCUUCAAGAAACACGUGCAUUUUUCCAACAGAAACUUCUGCUUUGCAUGAAAAUGUCACUGGUAGCAGUAUACAUGCACCAAAUACUGGAGAAGAGUACCAGAAACCAAUCAAUGAUGAGAUCAAUGUGAAGAAAAAACCAGUGUUUUCAGACCACAAAACUAGUACCAGCAAUGAUGAAAAUAUAAAUGUAGAUGAUAAUAGACUAUUUUCUGGAAGGAUGUAUUAUAAGAACAGCACUGAAGUAACACCAAGAAAACUAAUGAGUGAUGACAUUUCAUUACGGAAAGGUUCAAAAUAUGCAAAUAAUGAAGACUCAGAGAAGAGCAGGUUCCCUUCCAUGCCCAGGAGAUUGAAUGCUGACUCUUACUCAAGUCACACUGACUCUUCAGAUUUAGAUUUAUCCUUCUUGAGAGGAACUGGCUUUCCAUCUUCCACAAUACAAAUGCAUACAGUUGCACAAGAUUCUAGGAACAGCAAGGUAAGCAACAACUCUAGUCUGCUGCAGUCUGAAAUCACAAAGGCUACACCAGAUUCUCCUGAAAGAAAAGGUAUCGUUUCACAUAAUGAAUGCACGACUGCUACAAAAUUUAUGCCUGGAAGACAAAGCUGUGAUGAACAACUCAGUCUAAAAAGCAACAUAAACAUAACCAGUGAUUUUAUUUUACCCAGCAGCUGCAAGAGAGAUACAAAUAUUGAGAAUUUAAGUGUCUACCAACCAGUAGAAAACUCUCCUCUUACAGAAUACAACUGUAAAACAGAACAUACAAAUGAAAAAGAUGCUUCAGCAGACAUAUUUGGUGACAGUUCUUCAGAUGAAGGGACUCCAUUCACAAUGAGUGACUGUAGUUCUUUAGCGGACUUUGAACUGGAACAACCUGAUGUUAUUGACAACCUGCCAGUCUGUCAGUCAUCACUAGAGGAAGCUGAUAUCAACAGUGGAACUGAAUUCUCAACACUGCCAGGGUCUCCAAACAGUGCUGCUAAACUUCAGCAUACUGGGAAAAAUGAAGACAAAAACAAUGUGUACUUUGAAACCACUAUUAAUUAUGGAUCAGAUACCAUCAUGCCUGAAACAGCAUCACCUUACACUAAUCAAUGUAGUGACCAUGGAAGCAUGUCAGAUUCAGACACAAUUUGUUCUUCAAGUCAAGAAGUUCCUGAUACACUUCAUUAUUUUACUGACAAAGAGUCAACAGUGCAAAACUCUAUUUCUGAUUCUCUCCACAAUCAAAAUACAGAUUUUGGUAAUCUGUUACUUUCAUUAAAACAUUCUCCCACAUAUGACACAGAUAUAGAGAACAUUCCUGAAGAGGCUAAAUUGCAGCUGUCUCAGUUUCCCAUUGAACCUCAGCAUUCCCUCAGCUUCACUCCCACUGAACAAAAAGAAAAUGCACCAGAGAGAAGCACAGACGAGCACACAGAGAGGAAUUCCUCUGAAAAGAAUCAUGAUGAAGGGGACAUGACCUUAAGAAGAAACAUGAGUACAUUUGAGGAUGAUGAUUUUAUUUUUGCUCGCAUUGACACCGGUUUGAAUGAAAUUGUUAAAAAACCAUCACUACCAUAUUCUAGCAACGAGUCAUUUCUUCAAUCUCUGCCUGAACACACAGCUGAAAAACAUUUUACAGUUAUUACAGAGAAAGAUGACUUGCUACCACAGGGGAAGCAGGUGAGCACAACUAAGACUUGUAUAGAUAAAAUGCAAAGAGGUUUUAAUGAGCAAAACUGUGAUAGAUACACAGAACUACAGGAUACCAGCAACUGUAGUCUGCCUGAAGAAACACAGUCUUGCAAUCUUACAGAUGAUUUGCUGCACCUUCACUCUUUUCAAAAAAACCAAUCCGUCUUCCACACAGUAGAUCAUUUCCAACAUGAUCAGAGCGAUGAAGAUGCAUAUUCCUUCUCAGUCCCAAAAUUCUUCAAUGAAAGCACACAACAUAGUUCAUGUUCUUUCCCACAAAAAAAUACAGGAAAUACAUCGUCCAAAAGCACUGAUUCCAGCAAGACAGAGGACAAUACUACUUUAACAGGACUGGAGAACAAUUCUACAACAGCUGUCAACCUCCAAAAUUCAAGUGAAAAACUCAGUCAAAGAAGUCAGACCAAUUUAGGAGAGAGCCAGUUUUUUGUUAAGAAGAAAAGAGCAUUUGAUGGAUUUGCUAAUGUUUUGCAAAGCAGAACAAACAUCAGUAGUUGAGACACAAAACUGUAACACUAAGCUCUCAGAUAGCUGUCAUAUAGUAGGUGCAAAAGUGAUCAUGUCUUAAAAUGAAGUGUGUAGCUUUCAGUAACUGUUAAAUACCAUGGAUUGUUCUUGGUUAGGUUCCCCCCACCCCCACCCACCCAGUACAACUAUCUAUCUGCCUUUAACUUCAAAAAUCCAAGUUAUGGAACUAGAUGUGGAGGUUUUAAACCCAGCCAGCAGCCAAACACCACGCAGCUACUUGCUCACCCUCCCCUGCCCAGGGGAUGGAGGCAAGAACUGAAGGGGUAAAGGGAAACUCAUAGGUUGAGAUAAAAACAGUUUAAUAAUUGAAAUAAAACACUAACAGUAAUAGAAAGUACAAACAGGUAACGCACAACGCAAUUGCUCACCUCCCACACCGACUGCUACACAGCCUGUUCCUGCCUAGAGAGCUCAAAAGACCAAGAUUCUGCAAUUGCAAUCAUAGAAGUGAGAGAAAAAACCCUACUUUCCUGCCACCCCCUCCUUUAUAUAUUGAGCAUGAUGUUUUAUGAUAUGGAAUAUUUCAUUGGCCAGUUUAGGUCCAGUGCUCUGGCUGUGCUCCCUCCCAGCCUCUUGUACACCUGUGUGUGGGCAGGACGUAGGGAGUUGGAGAGUCCUUGAUCUCUUAGCAACAACCGAAAACAUCAGUGUAUUAUCAACAUUCUUCUCAUACCAAAUCCCAUACUGAAUUCAAAACAGAGCACUAUUCUAGCUACUAAGAAGAAAAAUUAACUCUAUCCCAGCUGAAACCAGGACACUAGACUUAACAAUGAGAUGCAGAAAACCUGCAUCCAUACAGUUUAAAAACACCGUAAUUCCACAAGGUAAUUCAGGCCAGAAGCCAUGGACUUUUGUUUAGAAGGGUAUUUGUAAAACAAGAAUAGAUAUUAUAAAACAACUCUAGGAUACUCAAAUGAGUAAACUACUCAGUAGUUAUAACUGAUAAUAAAGCUUUUGUUGUA